AUGGACGUCGACAUCCCACAAGCACGACGUCUCGUAGACCUCAUCAGCUCUAGUCUAGCUCAGUUCGAGUCGCAAACGAAAGAUGUCGAUAAUUGUACGAAUUGUGUAGACGCAAUACCGACGAUUGUAAGUGCUGCGACUCAGCUUGCUGCGCUUGUUCGUCCGCCUGAACAAGUUGUGAUUGAGGUCGCUACGGGGUUCACGCUCUCAGCGGCUCUGCGUUUUGUUACCGAGGCGAAUGUUCCUGAAGUGAUACGCGCCCUUACGGUCGAAAAUAAUGUUUCUAAGAAUAGUGGAGAGACGAAUGAGGAUUGGGGCGUUGCCGUAUCUGAUAUUGCUCAACUGUGUGGUGUUCAUGCCGGAAAGCUCGAACGAAUGCUCCGCCUCCUCGCAACGCAUCAUAUCUUUGCCGAGUGCCCACCCAUUCAAUCAUCACAUUCUCAUACAAAUGAUAACACUCAGCUCAAUACGAGCGCCCCGCCCGAAGUCAGGAGCGAACACGGCGAAGGAGAAGCACGUUUUGCAAAUAACCGCCUCAGUGCAGCACUCGACUCGGGUGCUAAACUUGAGGAUAUCUUGGAUCCGACCUUGCUACAGAAUUAUCAACCUUAUUCAAACGGUGCUAGAACGAAUUCAGAAGAAAGAGAGGAGAAGCGCAGAAAGAUUGAAAACACCCUGAUUAGAGACGAACAUGAGGAAGAAGAAAUACGGAAGAAACGGUGGGCAGCGAAGUACGGCGGGGAGGCGCCAGGAGCGGCACUUUCUGCACUCGUUGGGAUUAUGACGGACGAGUCGAUGUUCCAUGCAACAGCACUUACCGAUGUGCUUCUUCACAAUCGUUCUAAGUCUCGUCCAAGUACAUCUACAAAUCAGGAGUCAUCCUCUGUAAUAAAGUCCGAAGAUCCAGAGGACUCUCCACUUAACACUGCUUUCUCCCUCGCACGCAACCUGCCAGACAAAGCGAUGUUCGACUGGCUCAGCCUCCCUUCCAAUGCACAUCGUUUGCAUCGAUUUGGGUGUGCGAUGCGUAGUAUGGGGGCUUUAGGGUCUGGUGGGGAGACGGAAGUAUUGAAUGGUUAUGAUUUCGCGUCUCUCCCCCACGGGUCAGUCAUUAUUGACGUAGGAGGAGGUGUCGGGGCAGCUUCACUGCCUAUCCUCCGUGAAAACCUCCAUUUGAAGCUUAUGGUGCAGGACACAGAGGAGGUCGUGAAAGUCGCACCUAGUGUAUGGGAACGUCAGUACCCGGAAGCUCUCCACGCCAAUCGUGUAUCGUUUCAGGUUCAAGAUUUCUUUGAACCGCAACCCACUAAUGCUCCUGGAGUGACGAACGGAUCUCCAGCGGUCUUCCUCCUCCGUAUGAUCAUACACGACUGGCCGGACCCCCAUUGUAUUCGAAUUCUCAAACACCUCCGCGCUGCUGCGGGACGCGAGACGCGGUUGGUUAUCGUGGAUAGUGUUUUGAUGGGAGCCUAUCGUCGUCAAGUCCCUACUUCUGCGUCCACUUCGGAAGCACCUUUUGGUAAAGAUGGAGGAGAGAAGAUGAGUACGAAAGAGGCACCCGAACCGCUCCUCGCGAACUGGGGCGUUGCGAAUGGGUUGGCGUAUAGGUUUGAUUUGAUUAUGCUAUCAAACCACAACGCAUGCGAACGCACGCUCUCGCACUUCAACUCGCUCCUCUCGCAAUCAGGAUGGGGAAUCGAGGCCGUGCACACUUCGUCUUCGUUUACAAGUAACUCGAAGGAUGGAAGUGGGAGUGUGCGCCCGGGUGUAGGCGAGAGUUGGAUGGCUCAAAUUGUUUGUGUUCCCGCUGAUUAG